GCUCAACACAGACUUUACCAAAAUCUCAGAAGGCAAAGCAAAGAGGUUCAGAAAAAGAGAAUAAUAAGAAUGGAUGAGAAGACGAGGAAGAGGAGCAACAACACUGCUCUGCAAAUCCCUCUGUCUAUUAGAUCAAUCAAUCCACGUUAAUAAAUCCCUCUUUCUCUCUGAAUCCAAUUAAUUUGAGAGAGAGAGAGAGAGAGAAUUCUCCUCUUCCUUCAAAUCUGAUGUCAGAAACCUGCAACUCUCGCCACUUCUCAUGGCUAAUGAAAUCCUGUUUCCCAAACCCACAACACCACCACCACCACGAUCCCCACAUCCACCGCGUACCCGCCUCCGCCACCGCCUCGCAGGAAAACCAUCUCCACCUCCACCAACAACCGCCGGCCAUCUCGUCGCUGCCGGACGACCUCCUCCUCGAAUGCCUCUCCAGAGUCCCUCACUCUGCACUCCCCUCCGCCUAUCUGGUCUGCCGCCGCUGGGCUCGCCUCCUCGACUCCCCGGCCUUCAUCCACCUCCGGCGCCGCCAUUCUCGCCUCCGCCACACUCUCUUCGCCGUUGCGGUCACGCCCUCGGAGCUUUAUACCGCUACUCUCCGACUCGGGUACGAUGCAUCUUGGAAGACAGCUUCUUUGGCCGCCGAGAACGACGUCGCUUCUUUGCCGGAGAUAUUUCACGGGCUGUCUAUGCAAGCGCGUUUGGCGGCCAUUGGGCGGAAAAUCUACAUUAUCGGCCGGACGUCGAUGAUACGAUUGGAUACGUGGACCGGAACCGUGGCGGCGAAAUCGGCGACGGUCUUCCCGAGGAAGAAGUUUGCGGCGGCGGCGGUUGGAGGCAGAGUAUACGUGGCCGGGGGCGCCUUUCGGACGUCGGCGGUGGAGGAAUACGAUCCGAGCUGCGACAGGUGGCGCGUGGUAUCCGAUGCGCCCAGGCGGCGGUACGGAUGCAUAGGCACGGCGGUGGAUGGCGUUUUCUACGUGAUUGGAGGGCUGAAGAUCGGGUCGUACGGCGAAGACAUCUCACGCGCCGCCGGAGCGGAGGCGCAUGUAUACGCGAGCUCGAUGGAUUUGUACGACGUGGAGGCCGGCGCCUGGCUAAGAAGCCAGGCGGUUCCAGGCGGAGGCUGCCUGGUGGCGGCGUGCGCAUCUGAGGGAUUCGUCUACGUGCUGGCCAGCCACGCUGUGGAGCUCUCGUUCUGGAGAUUCGACGGGAGGCGGAAGGGCGGCGGCGCGUUCGGUGAGUGGAACAGGAUUAAGAGCCCGCCGGUGAUGGCGCAAGUUAGCGCGUUGAGGUUUAGCUGCGUGGCGGUGGGGGGCAAGGUGGUGGUUAUCCAAGUGGUGGGUUCCAUGGACGAGCUGUGGAGGAGGGGCGGUGGCCGGAGAGGGGUGAAGGGGGGGCUGGUGAUGGUGUACGACGGCGCCGCAGGGGAGUGGAGCAGGGCGGCGGACUUGCCGGAAGUGAUGCCACGCGCGGCCUGCGUAAGUGUGGAAUGCUAGAUUGGAUGGGGGCAAUUGCAGUGCGUGAUGUUGUUUGACUGUUUGCAAUUUUCGGGGAAGACUUGCUUUGAACGCAACUGCUUGUCUCCCGCCGCUCAUUGGCUCGCAUGAUGAGGGUAUUCUUGGGAAUUAAUUAAUUAAUUAUUACUAUUAUUUUUUAGAAUUACUCUACUCUCAUCUGUCUCUGGCUUCAAAUGGGAGGUGUCUGUCUUACAUUAUAACUCUUUCCAGAAGUUCAAAUUGUAUUCUUUAUAUGGUUUUCAAAGUGCAAUGACGAAUACAGUAGAAAAAAAAGGCUCAAUCAAUAGGGAUGUUCAGACUCAAAUAAUAUACAUUUAUUGUAUUUUAA